UAGGGCUUGUGACCGCCCCCCAUCUCGUGCUCCCCCACCUCCAUCCCGCGCACCCGGCCCAUCAGAUCCGCGGGCCCUUACUAGGUCGCGCACGGUCACUCACGCGCCUACAGUUUCUUCACGCGCCUACGGUCCUUUCCCGCUUCCACGAUCAUCAUGACCGCCGCCAUGUCGCCCUCGCCAUCCUCAGAGAAGGCGCCGUACGCGGACCAGGCAGCAUACUCGGACAAGGCAGCGUACGCGGGCAAGACCACCGACGAAAAGUCCCCCGCGUCCCCCACGAUCGAGGCCGAGCUGAACGACAUCGUGCACGACAUCGGGAAGGGGGAGAUCAACGAGCUCGCGGUCGUCGCGGAGGGCGAGGAGAAGACGAGCUGGUUCAUCUGGAUGCUCGUCUGCUCGUCUGCGAUCUCGGGCCUGCUUUUUGGUUACGACACGGGUGUCAUCUCGGGCGCGCUGGUCACGAUUGGCAGCGACCUGGGUCCGGAGAGGCUGAACGACACGCAAAAGACCUUCAUCUCAAGCGCAACCACCCUCGGCGCCCUCCUCGGCGGCCUCUGCGCCGGCAUUCUCUCCGACUGGAUAGGUCGCAAGCCCGUCGUCGGCAUUGCGGACGUCAUCUUCAUCGCGGGCGCGGUCGGGCAGGCCGUCAGCCAUGAUGUCUGGAGCAUGAUCGGCGGCCGCUUCGUCAUCGGCGUCGGCGUCGGCCUCGCCUCCUCCAUCGCGCCGCUCUACAUCCAGGAGCUCUCGCCGACGCGCCAGCGCGGGCGCAUGGUCGUGCUCAACGUGGCGAUCCUGACGUUGGGUCAGGUCAUUGCGUACGGCAUCGACGCCGGCUUUGCGAACGUCUCCGGCGGCUGGCGAUGGAUGGUCGGCCUCGGCGCCGUCCCCGCAGGCAUCCAGCUCUUCCUCCUGUAUUUUCUCCCCGAGAGUCCUCGCAUUCUCAUCCGGCGGGGUAAUCUGGACGCGACAUACGAUGUCAUGGCGAAGAUCUACCCGUAUGCGAAGCCGCACGAGGUUGACUUGAAGGUCAAAGUCCUACAAGCCGCCGUACAGCACAGCCUGGACAUCUCGAACUCGACGACAUUUCUCCAGCGCGUGCGCUCGAUGCUUUUGGUAGCCUCGAAUCGGCGUGCUCUCAUCAUCGCCUGCGGUAUGCAAGCCUUCCAGCAGCUUUCCGGCUUCAAUACUCUCAUGUACUUCUCCGCCACCCUCUUCGCCCAGAUGGGCUUCGACCAGCCCACCGCCGUCGGCCUCAUCGUCUCCGGCACGAACUUCGUCUUCACCCUCGUCGCGCUCAAGUACAUCGACAUCGUCGGCCGCCGGCGCAUCAUGCUCAUCUCCGCGCCCGGCAUGGUCUUCGGCCUCACGCUCGCCUCCGUCGCGUUCCACUACCUCACGAAGGGCACGGGCGGGAACUUUGAGGACGGGGCGACGUACCCGCGCAGCUGGAGCGCGGUCGUGCUGUUCAGCAUGAUCUUCUACGUCGCGUCGUACGCGACCGGGAUCGGGAACGUGCCGUGGCAGCAGGGGGAGUUGUUCGGGCUGGAGGUCCGCGGCAUCGGCACCUCCAUCGCGACCGCGACGAACUGGGGCGCGAACCUGCUCAUCGGCUCGACCUACCUCCUGCUCAUGGCGCGCAUCACGCCCGCGGGCGCCUUUGGCUUCUACGCCGGCCUCUGCUUCCUCGGGCUCGUCUUCGUCGUGUUCUGCUUCCCGGAGACGGCGGGCCUGUCGCUCGAGGAGGUGCAGAUGGUGUUUAGGCGGAGCUUUGGGAUCAGGGAGAGCGAUCGGUUGCGGGGGAUUAAGAGGGAGCUGAAGGCGGGGGGUGGGGGUGGGAUGGGGAAUGGGCAUGAGGGGGAGCAGCAAGGGCAGGAGAGCGAGACGAAGGUGGGCACGCAGCAUGCGAGUCAGGGGGAGACGGGGGUGGAGAAGAAGGAGGCGGUGUGAGGUGGUCGAGGUGACCCGAGCCCUCGCUUGUCUGCGUGGUGCCAGCGCCUGUUCGUCUGAAGGGCGCCACCGCCUAUUUGCCUGCACGGCGCCACCCACAGAACGAGGAGUCGAGUUUGAGAGUGCACACUGUAAGUCUGCGCGAACUAGAGCGCGCAUGCAGAGUGGGGUGUACGGCGGCGAUGUAUAUGCCGGGAUGUAUCUGAUGAGGGCGGAGCGAUGGCUUUGAGCGCUAUACUGACGACUGUAACGAUAAUUCUAUAUCCUAUGCCCCCUUCAUCGGCGUCCUGACUUGCUCUGCGACCGUCGUGGCCGUCUCACAUCCUC